ACUCAUACUUUAUUUGCUAGUUGGUUACCUCUGCAACAUUUUCGCACACUAUUUUCAGUGUCUUCAGUCUUGUAUUUCCCAAGUCGUUUCAGUGUCCACCGCGGAAACAUGCGUUGCUUUAUUUUGUUGACUGUGUGUUGUGCCACCGCCUAUUGUGCCAGCAUUGCCCCGAAAGAUACUGAGAGCAAAACCCCCAGCCCGACGGUUGUGGAAGAUAAGAAAACCACCGAGUCUGAGACACCCGAGAAAGCCGGAAAGCCAGUCCCUCUUCCUGCGGACAAAAUCGCCGAGCUGAUCAGCAGGACGCACCAGAACAAGAAGACAAACGCCCCGGAAAAAUCUGGUGAGGCUUCCAUGAAGAGCAAGUCAACCGGUGUCUCGAGCCAGCAGGGUAAGAAGACAGUUGAAGCCCACGCUGAGAAAGAGAGCAGCGUUGAAGUAGAGGGAAAGAAAACAACCUCCCAGAACCGUCCUUCCAAAGUUGGGGGAGCACAGGCGAACCAACGGACCCAGAUGAAGAAGGAAGCGAAAUCCGAAGAGGUGACCACCCGUGCCCAAAAGAAGGAGUCGACUUCUAAAGCUCCAGCCCAAGCAAAAGAAUCUGCAUAAUUGCUGGAGGGAUGAAGCAAGACAGAAUCAACUAUUUGGUUGAGUCCUCAAAAUGUUCCGAAAAUUAGCUUUUAAAAUGUUUGGAAAUGUGUCCGAAUCAUUCUCGUGAAUUUCUCAAUGGCCGAUGAUGAUACGAAGAAAUUUUGACUGGUAGAGUACUGGCCGAUGGGAGCUUUAUAGACCUCUGGCCAAUUGGAUGCUAAGAAAAAAUAUAAAGGAAGUAGAAGGGUAACAACUUCCGCUCUUGAGAAACUAUCUUGAUGCCCUCGUUACAAGCCAAAUUCGAAAGAUGUUUUUGCUUUGUUUACACACGCAAACUUGUCCCGAACUUUGAUGACGUAAUUCAGCGGAAAAACUAUAGCCAGUUCAGCGAACUGCUUAUAACUAUAAGUAAAGCCUUAUUCCACGAAACAAAAAAUGACAUUUUCCUUUGACUGUAUACACGUUAGCACUGAGUGUUGUUUAUUUUAUUAAGUUAGCACAGAGUUACUUCAUGUAGUUUGACAAAAGUUCGCCUUGGUAAACGAUGCGGAAUAUUAAAGUAGUGAUAUUAUACCUUUUAGACUGUUGUUAUUUUUGUACAAAUUUCAGAUACGGUGUUUUUAGUGAUCAAUAUCCGGCCUGUCAAUGUGAAAGGUUUGAUCAUACUUUAUUGUAAGAGAAAGGCACUUGGCAUGUCAAAAAAAUUUAAAAAAAUAAAAAACGAUUUUAUGAGAACGCAA